CACGUGAUUCUACACUGUCGGUACUGUAUGGACUCGUUUUCCCUUACGAAAGGUGGAGAGUAUGAGAGGGGUGGGCUUCAGCGACUGCAUUUUAACCACCGAAUCACACUGAAUUAAGCCUAACUUCAUCGCGUUAGACUUCCUGAACUUUUGACCCGUCGUCGCCUGCAUCAGCAGUGUUUCACUUUGCACCCGGCGUCUCCUCCUCAGCGUGGGUUUGAACAACACUAGUGUUCGGCUGCUGAAUAUAGGCCAAAGGGCAUGAAGACAAGCGCAAUAACGGAUGAAAUGGAAAUGCAGCAUGAUCCAGAUUUGCAGUUUAAACUGGCUUAUUCAGAUUCAGAAAGAAAUAACACAGGCAUUAAAACCCGAGCAAGAGGCCAGUGGUCCAGUAAAGUGGAAUUUAUCUUAGCUGUUGCUGGCCAAAUCAUUGGUUUGGGAAAUGUGUGGAGAUUUCCAUAUCUGUGCUACAAGAAUGGAGGAGGAGUGUUUUUCAUUCCAUAUGUGGUCUUUCUGUUUGCCUGCGGCAUUCCUCUUUUUCUUAUGGAGACUGCUUUGGGUCAGUACACCAGCCAAGGGUCUGUCACCUGUUGGAGGAAGAUCUGCCCACUAUUUGAAGGUCUGGGUUAUGGGAGUCAGGUGGUCGUCCUCUAUUCCAGUGCCUACUACAUCAUCAUUCUGGCCUGGGCUUUCUUCUAUCUCUUCUCUUCUUUUAGUGCUGAACUACCGUGGGCUAGCUGCAGGAACUGGUGGAAUACAGAGAACUGUGUUGAGUUUGACCAAAUGGGAGGGACAAGAAACCUGAGCUUUAUGGAGAAUGCAUCAUCACCUGUUAAAGAAUUUUGGGAGAGACGAGUAUUGAAUAUAACUGGAAGUAUGAAUGAGCUGGGCAGUUUGAGAUGGGAGCUGGCUCUGUGUCUUCUACUGUCCUGGAUUAUUUGCUACUUCUGUGUGUGGAAAGGAGUGAAGUCCACAGGCAAGGUUGUAUAUUUCACUGCUACAUUUCCAUAUGUUAUGCUACUGGUGCUUCUGAUACGAGGUAUUACGCUGCCUGGAGCCAUCGAUGGCAUUACCUUCUACCUCUACCCAAACCCAGCACGCCUUGCAGACCCACAGGUAUGGAUGGAUGCUGGAACACAAAUAUUUUACUCCUACGUUCUCUGCAUUGGGUGCCUUACAGCUUUGGGAAGCUACAAUAAAUACAACAACAACUGCUACAAAGAUUGUGUUUACCUGUGCCUGCUAAACAGUGGAACCAGCUUUGUAGCUGGCUUCGCCAUCUUUUCAGUUUUGGGCUUCAUGGCCUUUGAACAGGGGGUCGAUAUCUCAAUGGUAGCAGAGUCAGGUCCUGGUUUGGCCUUCAUUGCAUAUCCACGAGCUGUAGCUAUGAUGCCUCUGUCUCAGCUGUGGUCCAUAUGUUUCUUCCUCAUGAUUAUUCUGCUGGGGCUUGACAGUGAGUUUGUGUCUUUAGAGUCUCUCAUGACCGCCAUAACAGACAUGAAUUCCAACUUCUUCCUCCAAGGACACCGUCGUAAACUCUUCCUCCUCCUCAUUUGUGUGGGCUGCUUUCUCAUUGGCCUCCUGAUGGUAACAGAGGGUGGCCUGUAUAUCUUCCAGUUAUUCGAUUACUAUUCCUGCAGUGGAAUGACCCUCCUCAUUUUUGCCAUUGCACAGUCAAUAUGUAUUGGCUGGUUUUAUGGUGCUGAUCGUCUGUAUGACAAUAUUGUUGACAUGAUCGGUUAUCGUCCUUUGACAUUAAUGAAGUACUGCUGGAAAUAUAUCACUCCUAUUGUGUGUAUAGGCACAUUUGUCUUCUCUUUGGUCAAAUUUACUCCUCUAAAGUUUAACAACACAUCUGAAUACCCGUGGUGGGGUUAUGCGGUUGGCUGCUGGUUCACCCUCUCUUCAACAUUGAUGGUUCCCUUAUGGAUGAUCUAUGUUGUCCUCAUCACUCCUGGUACAUUGAAACAGAGACUGCGUAUCCUUUGCACUCCAGCAAGUGAUCUACCUUUGACAUCAGAAAGACCAAAAGAAACCCUGUGACAAAAAAAUAUUAUCACGAGGCAGUGGACCAGCCCCAUUUUGGAUGGACCAAUGCUCAUUACAGUUGGUAUAUGAUUAGAAAAUGUUGGAUAAUGUGUUAUUUUCAGUAAGAAAGAUUAACCAGAGCAGCUCGCUUUGACAGACUUUGUGCCUUGUAAAAGAAGGACAAGGCACGUUUGGUUCAUUUCAAUCAAAUGUUAGGGUGUAACAGUAUUUUUUUUUUCUUUAGGUUUCUAUGGGUCAGUCAUGCAACACUUUGCUGUUUUGUGCCUAUAGUCAAGAGCUGGUGUUUUGAGAAAGUGUUACAGAAAGUAAAUCAUGUUGGGGGUUUUGUAUUACAAAUAUGAUAACAUUUAUAGUAGAUUCAAGAAAAUUGAUUAACCAAGAAAAUCCAUAUUUUGGAACUUAAAUCUGCUUAGAUGUGCAGUCAAUAUUCUAUAGUCUACCAUCUAUAUUUUAAGUAAAAAUGCUUAAUUUAAGGUAACAUCUAUAGGUCAUUCAAGCAUAUGUAAAUUUUUAUAAGU